CCCCUUUUCUCUCUUCCGUUAUUUUUAAUUAUUAAUUCGAUUUGAAUUUGUGUGUCUUUAUCUUUUAUUUUUAUGCUUAUAUUAUAUCCUGUCUUUGCUGAAUGGGGGCGGAACGUACAACCAAUAAAGUGAUUUCCUUUUCUAUUAUUUUAGUUAAUUGAAAAAAGAUUGUGAUUGGCGGUGGUUGCAGAGUGUGUUGCUUUUUUUUUAUGAGUGUUUGCGAUGAGGUGUUAGGCACGAACUUGUUCUCAGAAUAUGUUGCAUUGCAGUGUUGUCCAUUUGAUGCUAUGAGCUCUGUGUUGCGUCUUUAUGAGAGAGAAAGAGACUGAGCCCACAACUUGGUACUAUUAUACAUCAUUCUUUUCUGAUUCGAGAAUGCUUUGGUUUGUAGCAGUGUGCUUUUGGUGGAUGAAAAGAAAUGCAUUCUCGGCUUUGGAUGCGGAGGAUGAAGAGGAGAAUGAUGACAAUUCAUCAGCAAGCCCUGAAGGAAAUGGCCCUAGAAAGAGGAGAAGAAAGACGGUGAGAAAGCUUGAAGGUUUUGUGAAGAAUUUGGUGACAAAGGUGAUGGAGAAGCAGGAACAGAUGCACAAACAGUUGGUGGAAAUCAUAGAAAAGAAGGAAAGGGAAAGGAUAAAGAGAGAAGAAGCUUGGAAGAAUGAGGAGAUGGAGAGAAUUAGAAAAGAGGAAGAGGCUAGAGCUGAAGAAAAGUCUCGCAGUUUGGCCCUCAUAUCCUUCAUUCAGAAUCUGUUGGGCCACGAAAUUCAAAUCCCCCAAGCAGUAGAAGCAUGCAGCAAAAGAGAAGAGGGUGAAGUUGAAGUGAAUGCUCAUAAAGAAUUUAAUAGUGAUCAUAGUAAGAGUAGAUGGCCAGAUGUUGAAGUGCAAUCACUUAUCACAGUGAGAACUUCAUUGGAGCACAAGUUCCGUUUCAUGGGAUCGAAAGGGUCAAUUUGGGAGGAGAUAUCUGAAGCAAUGUAUGCAUUGGGCUAUAAUCGGUCUGCAAAGAAGUGUAAGGAGAAGUGGGAAAACAUCAACAAAUACUAUAAAAGGACAAUAGGGAGUGGCAAGAAGAGGCGUCAAAAUAGUAAAAGCUGCCCUUAUUUUGAUGAGUUGGACAUUCUGUAUAGAAACGGCCUCCUAAGUAUUGGAAAUGCCUUGAGCAAUACCACUGAUGCUCCCCAGAUUGAACAAAAGGAGUAGAGUGAAAUUUCAAUACUACUUCAUAGUCAUAGAUACGGCUUAUGUAUAACUUCUUUCACUUCAGUAUUUAUUUAGCCAUUCUUCUUUUUAGUCGACAA